UAAGAAUUCAAAAUAUUAUUUCUGCCCUAUCUUUCCUGUUCCCCAAAAGUUUCCCGCCUCCAUUCCCUCCAUUCUCUCUCUCUCUCUUCGAAACGGAUUAGUGUUGGGGAAGGGCAGCAACAGCCAUUGCAGCUGAAACAAAUUUUCAAGAAUUUCAGCUCAGACCCAAUAAAUCCCGUCGCCGGCGAUGGGCAUUCAGGGACUGCUGCCGUUGUUGAAAUCGAUAAUGGUGCCCAUUCACAUCAAGGACUUGGACGGCUGUUGCGUCGCCGUGGACACCUAUUCUUGGCUCCACAAGGGCGCUCUCUCUUGCAGCAAAGAGCUUUGCAAAGGCCUCCCCACUUCCAAGCACAUUAGCUAUUGCAUGCAUAGAGUAAACUUGUUGCGGCAUUAUGGUGUUAAGCCUAUUAUGGUGUUUGAUGGAGGUUUCUUGCCAAUGAAGGGUGAGCAAGAGAAUAAGCGUGCAAGAAUAAGGAAGGAAAGUCUCUCUCGGGCCAUUGAGCAUGAAUCUAAUGGAAAUCAGUCUGCUGCUUAUGAGUUCUACCAAAAGGCAGUUGACAUAUCACCUUCAGUGGCUUAUGACCUGAUACAGGUCUUAAAACAGGAAAAUGUACAAUAUGUUGUGGCGCCAUAUGAGGCAGAUGCUGAAAUGACCUUUUUGGCAGUCAGCAAACAGGUUGAUGCAAUUAUAACAGAGGACUCGGAUUUGAUAGCCUUUGGUUGUCCUAGAAUCAUUUACAAAAUGGAUAAGUAUGGGCAAGGAGUCGAAUUUCAAUUUUCCAUGCUGCAACAGAACAAGGAGCUAAAUUUUACUGGUUUCACAAAGCAGAUGGUUCUUGAGAUGUGCAUAUUGAGUGGUUGUGACUAUUUGCAGUCUUUGCCUGGGAUGGGCCUCAAAAAAGCUCAUGCACUGAUGAAAAAAUUCAGAAGUUAUGACAAGGUAAUUAAGCACUUGAAGUACAAUACUGUUGCAGUUCCUCCUCUUUACGAGGAAUCUUUCAAGAAAGCGAUGAUGACCUUCCUGCAUCAAUUGGUUUAUGAUCCUGUUACUGAAGAUCUAGUUCACUUGUCUGAGUUACCAGCUGGUGCUGAUGAAGAUAUUGAAUUCCUUGGUCCAAUGCUACCUCCAGAAGUUGCUAAAGGCAUAGCAAGGGGUGACCUUGAUCCUUUAACCAAACUGCCAUUUCAGAAAGAAUGCCCUGGCACUGAGUUGGAUUAUAGCCAAACUAAUCAGUUGAAGAACUUCAAGCUUGAAGGCCAAAGCAAAAAGCUUGAUUUGCCUGCACAAAAGAAUCUCCUAACCAACUAUUUUUGUAUUGCUUCCCUUGAAGCGAAAAAAAGUUUCAGGCCCCCUCGAAUCACCCCUAUUGAUCCAAAUCCAGAGGAUGGAUCACCUAGUUCAUUGCUAGACUGUAAUGCAGGAGCUAAUUCAUGUGGAUUAGGGAGCUCGCCAGUGUCACCGCCCGUGCCUCUGAAUUCAUCUGUUCUUCUGGAGGAAAACCAUGUAAGUAAAUUGAUGGAUGAUUCUACCACUGCAAAAAGUUCUUGCUUUUUGGAAACUAGUAUUGGAAUUCACGAGAAAGAAGACUUCACAGAUGGCCAAGGAAUGCAACGUGCUCCAUUUCAACAUUCGAUCUGCAAGCCUUGUAUUGUGUUGCAUAAGGAGAGGGCUUCAGGUUUAGCCAAAAGCAAGACUAUAACAGAGAAUGGAAAAGUAGUUGUAAGAAGUUCCUAUUUUUUGCCAAAGAAUGGGAAGGAAAAUAAUCAAGAAAGUGAGGUGGACUUGGAUGAAUCUGUUUGUGAUGAAGAACCCCUUUCUGCUGCUUCAGAGGCAAGCAAAGGAAAAAUGCAAACAAUUUUCCGAAAACCUACUAUGAGGAGUUCCAAUUCCCAGCACAAUUCUGCAGAGGAAAAUGAUGAUAGCAAAAUGAAAACAGAAAACAGAAGAGUUGUUGUAAGAAGCUCAUAUUUUCAGCAGCAGAAUGGCCAAGACAAAGAACAUGGAAAGCUCUUAGCAGAAGAAGCCGAGAUUCAUGAGCCUGAGAAUUCUUUAAGCCAUGACUUCUACAAAGGAAAGUCGAGAAAGAGAAAGGUUACAUUCAAUAAUGAUAUCGAAACUGACACUGUAAGAGGCGGUAAUAUCUUGACUGAUACUUCCCCAACAGAAGAUCAAAUAAGUGAUGAGUAUGGUUCAGCUACAGAAGCGAAAUCUGAAGAUGGGAAGUUUGGUUCUAACAUUUCUCACAUAGGCCAUUAUUGCGAAAUAGCUGAAAAAUCAAUGGAAAGAUUUGUUUCAGUGAUCUCCUCAUUUAAAUUCACAUCAAAUGGUUCUCGUGCCAGUGGUCUUCGUCCCCCAUUGAAGGACAUCAGAAACGCAAGCCACAGCAGUUCAUCGAGAGAUAUGGAUCUCAGCAAAUACGCAUAUCAACCAACCAAGCCAAGGCCAUAUUCAGUACGUCGUAGAACCAAAAAUUGAUACCAAUAUACAUACAUAGAUACAUACAUUGAACAAGUAUGAGUUCAACCCUGCAGCUUUUACUGCUCAAAUGUUGUCUGUUUUAUAGGUGAGUGGAAUAAUAUCUUGUUUUUCUCUGCUUUAUGCAUUGUUUCAGCAUCUUUUUUUUCUUCAACUGCCUUUGUUUCUAUGAUUCCCAGGUUUCACUUUCUGCCUUGAAAUGGUCACAUGAUCACCCUUGAUUGUUGCCAAUGGUUCACAUCAGUCAUUGCAGGGCAUAUUCUUUUAAAAUUUUUAUAUUUUGGAUAGGAUUUUUAGAUGCAUUGAAACCUAAGUGCUUGUGGGUUUCACAUCAAUGGAAUUUAUUUUGUUUUCUGUGGGACUAUAUUUCAUGUGGAUAUAUCCUUUACAUGAUUGUGACAUCAAUAGUAAGGCCAGAUAGUUUGGUCAA